UCAAAAACAAACACACUCCGUCAAGCUAACAGUUUGUUAGCUGGAAGAGCAACGCAGAAGGUAUACAGAUAACACGAAAUGGCGACGGCAAUAUAUUUGGAGCAUUAUUUGGAUAGUAUUGAAAACCUACCAUGCGAGCUGCAGAGAAACUUUACUUUGAUGCGGGACCUGGACAAUAGAACUGAAGAAAAGAAAGCAGACAUCACCAAACUGGCUGAGGAGUACAUUGCGAACGUGAAGAACUUGGCCUCGGAGCAGAGAGUGGAACACCUGCAGAAGAUUCAGAACGCCUACAACAAGUGCAAAGAGUUCAGCGACGACAAAGUCCAGCUGGCAAUGCAGACGUACGAAAUGGUGGACAAACACAUCCGGAGGCUGGAUGCAGAUCUGGCUCGGUUUGAGAACGAGCUAAAGGAGAAGCUGGAAUUGAGCGGCUAUGAAAGCACAGAUGGAAGAGUGCUGAAAAAAAGCGAUUUGCGUGGGCAGAAAGAGAAACGUGGUUCCCAAAAACGAGGAAGGAAAGGUUCUGAUGAAGACUCUCCCAAAAAGAAGAAGAUGAAGAACAGUCCGGACUUGACUGAAGCUCUCCUGCCUGUGCAACCAUCGGACGUCUUAGACAUGCCCGUUGAUCCAAACGAGCCCACGUACUGCCUGUGUCAUCAGGUGUCAUACGGAGAGAUGAUCGGAUGUGAUAACCCUGAUUGUCCGAUCGAGUGGUUUCACUUCGCUUGUGUUGACCUCGCCACUAAACCAAAGGGAAAAUGGUUUUGUCCCAGAUGCACUCAAGAAAGGAAGAAAAAAUGAAUUUCAGACACGUCGGACUUGCCCAUGUGUUCCUGAUAUUGUUAAAUAAUGUAGUAGAUAUUUGUUAUUACAGAUAUUUAUCAAAAGGGUAUUUCAUACAGCUUUCUUACAAGGCCCAGUCUGAGUUUUGGUGUAAAACUCCACCUCUAACAUCAUUAUUAUUUCUGUAUUGGACUCUCUGUUUGUGCACAGCUGUCUCUGUCCAGUAGCUUUAAAACUAAUGUGUGUUCUGGGCCUGGUCAGAAAGUUCCUGCUCUGAAGUAAUAACCUGUAAAUAUGAAUAUACAAGUUGAAAGUCCCAGAUUGUGGCUUUAGCAUACUUGAAAUGUGAGUUUUAUAAAGAACUAUUUUGUUUUAAACAAAUUUAACAGCCUGCUGAGAAUUUGCUAUUUAAACACCUAAAUCCUUACUGAGAUGAUUAAAAAAAAAAAAGUGUCAGAUUUGUUUUUGUGACUACCUCUUUGGGGUUUGCAUUGGCACUGCUUACAUGACUGCAAUUGAUAGUGGGGUUUAAAAAGUGUUUUAGCUUAAACCAAACUAGCAUAUACAUGUAAACUUCUUUAUAUAUAAAAAAAUUAAACAGAAGCCUACGACAUUUUUGAAUGUAUUGUGGUUCUAAUGGUCAGUUCAUCCUGUCGGCAGAAUACAAUAUUUAAGCACUUUGAUUUAAAUUUAUUCCCGAAGAGGUUUGAUAUUGCAGGUUGAGUUUUAAGUUAUAGUUUCUCAUUUAAAACUUUGCCCUGGCACAUCUAGUGUUUUUCUCCUAGAGAAAAAAAACACACCGGUAUUUCGAACCAUAUAUAAACAUAACUAUAUAUAUAUAUAUAUAUUUUGUAUUUGACAGUAUUUUGUAGACAUCUUCCAAAGAGAGCUUUGUUGUAUGAAUUAAAUAUCAGCAUACAUAUUCUAAUUUAAUACAAAAUUUAGCCGCCUUUUUCGACUAUUGCUCAUUUAGACGUAAGCCACAACUAUA